AUGUCGGCUUUGCCUGGUGCCGGAACCGAGACUCCAGGUUUGGCGACGAUGCGAUUGGCAUCUACAUCUAUGGGCUCAAGGGAUGUCACGACUGUCCCAACGGUGCAUCUUGAUGCUUCGACUGCACUCGAUGACGCAUUUACACCGAAUCGGGGACCUCUGGAUGAAGUUGAAGGAUUAUUAGGGCUGUGGUGCAUUGACAAAGGUAUCUCUGUCUCGUCCUUGAUCUUCAAGGUCAAUACGCGCCUAACGGAUGUCCUUUCCACUCCGUUACCGCCAAGGCCGCUACGUUCAGAGCUGGAGGACCAGCUUAUGCAGCACCUUUUAACGACGUCGCCAGACAACGCACGCAACGAAGCCGACCGCACCCUCCUUCGCUCGCUCUUUGGUCGAUAUCGAGCAGUGCCGAAAUCCCUCAGAGACGACCAGACGGCCAUGGUUUUGGCUGCCCUGUGUCUCGCCCGGUUUGAACAGCUCCGUCGAACAAUGAACGACGGCAUGUCGGUCACUAGUUUGGACACGCCUCGCGAAGACAUCACCUAUUACCAAAUGGCCUGCCAAGCCCUCUCAGAUUGGAACCGCCCAUCACUUGCCGCCAUCUGGGCUCUCUACUACCUUGUCAUGUACACAACUGGCAUGGCAGGUCCAAACGAGACUAAGGACCUCAUCAGGCAGUGGGCAUGGCAGAUAACCGAGCUCGGCAUCCACCGCAGGGAGACGGCGUCACUCUACCAGCCACAUGACCACGUCCAGUCGCUGUUUGGCGCCUACUUCUACACCGAUAUGUUUCGUGCACACCUUACCGACCUUCGACCAUGCCUACCAUUCGAUGCCUUUGAUGUGGACCCCGCCCCUCCUCCGCGAAUGUUCCCGGAAUGUCUAACAGAGUGCUCGUACUUUACUGCCAAGUUUCUGGCCGACCUUGCAGAUCCGGGCAUUGAUACCACGUCGCAUGCGUAUGUCACUUCGGCAGAGGCGACAUGGAUGCCCAACAUGCGUGAACUGCGCCAUUCUAAAGACGUUGGCACGCCAAAAUACAUUGUUGCCUGGUCGCAACUGCGGUACAACUGGCUCCGUUGCCUGCUCUAUAUUCCACACUUGCAGCACCAAAACCUGGCCCCCAAUGCCUUUUCCACUAUAGGCCGAGCAGUCGGGCAGAUUCUCAACACGUAUGUCGACCUCAUCAGCAUCAACCACCUCAACCCGUCAUGGCCGCAGUUGCAGCGUCUGGUCAUUACAGGCCAGCUACUUAUUCUUUGCUAUGACGCCGGCGAGUUCCACAAACGAGAAGGACAGCAACUAUUCCAGCUCAUGAUCGACCUCCUUGACAAGCACCAGAAUACUUGGCCCGUCUGCUCAGACCUGAUCCUGGGUUUUCAAGCGGCGGCACAGGCAUUUGACAUUGUCGUUAGCCCUGAGUUAUCACUGCCCUUCGACCCUCAGUCGGUGGGCAGCGUGGACAAUGUCAACCUUUCGUUCUUCCCCUACGACCUCGGCCUCGACUUCGACUUCUCCGCGUUUCUCUGA